CUCGCCUCCAUUGUAACUAGCAUCGACCAAAGCCGACAACCGGGGCCUGUUGGAAAACUCACACCGCAACGACCAAUGAAAGAGAUCGUAGGAUCCAUCCCUCAUUAAUCUUAACUUCCAACAUUGCAUAUCCCGUCACGCCUCGCCGCCAACGCGCUAUCCUGACGCCAGCGCUGCAGGUCGCAUUUUCAGCGUUGAUCCACCACCAAAACAAACGACAUGUUCGGUCAAAGAGGCCGAGGCGGGCCAUCUCGCUCUACGCCCGCAAAUGUCCAAUGCCAGAAAUGCCUGAAGAGAGGCCACUACUCAUACGAGUGCAAGGCAUCUGCGCAGGAGCGUCCCUACGUGUCUCGCCCAUCUCGUUCUCAACAGCUCCGGAAUCCCAAGCUUGUCCCAAAGCUCACCAACGAUUCCCCUAAUCCUCUGGAAAAGAAGGAAGGAGUUGCCGAUGAGCAGCUUGCUAAGGCUGAGGCUGAAAGGGCCCGGAAGCGGGAGCGCGAGGAGCGUGAAGAUGAAUUGAUGGAGUCGUCGUCAAAACGCCAGAGAUCAGUAUCUUCGCAUUCUGUCUCGACCAUCUCCACUGGAGUCUCGAGGUCUCCAUCACCCCCGAGGAGAAAGGCUAAAUCUCCUCCUCCCCAGCAGCGAGGACGGAGUCCUCAUUCAGAGGCGAAGGGUGGCUCGCGAGAUGGUCGUCGGGAUUACAGCAGCAGCCGCAGCCGCAGCCGCAGCCCUCGCCCCCAAGAACGGCGGAGGCGCUCCGUGUCACGCGACAGCCGCUCCCCUGACAUUGAUGACCGCGAGAGGUCGUACAGGGCUCGUGAUGCAGCACUUCGAUAUUCUGAGCGCGAUGAUGCGCCUCCCAGGCGUUCGCGACGUGAAUCGAUGGGAUCCAGGGAUUCAUUCGACUCUCGACGCCAGCGUGCCCGUGAGUCGACGUCACCAGAGCCAAAGGCAAGACAGCCUCGUCGGCCGGAGCAGCACAAUCCGAGGCGUGGACGUGACGGAGGUCCACGUGGACGGAAUGACGGAAAUGCGCCGGCGUCUAGGGGUCCGCCCCCGGAGGAGCGCGCGCGAGAGCGAAGCCUGAGCCCUUUCAGUCGACGGUUAGCCCUGACCCAAUCGCUCAACACUGGGGGAAGAUAGAUAGUUGGGUAUCAAUGUAAACUUAAUAUCAACCGUGGUGCGCAAGGCGCCA